AGCAGCAGUACGCCCGCCCGUAUUGGUGCAUACUGUGUAGUAGGGCAGUAUGUGGUUUGGGACGCAGCCUCAAUGUUCCAUAUGAGGCCUGUGUGUGAACAAGUCAUGGAAAAUGGCGACUGCGGAGCCGGAAGUAAUAUUGAAUUCACCCAAGAGUGAAGAGGAGAACUCAGAAGAGACAAGCCAGGAGAUUGUCAGCCCUGAGUGUUAUAUCAAACAUCCACUACAAAACAGAUGGUCUUUAUGGUUCUUUAAAAAUGACAAGAGUAAAACAUGGCAAGCCAACUUGCGGCUGAUUUCCAAAUUUGACACUGUAGAGGAUUUUUGGGCGCUUUAUAACCAUAUUCAGAUGUGCAGUAAUUUGAUGUCUGGUUGUGAUUAUUCGCUGUUCAAGGACGGCAUUGAGCCAAUGUGGGAGGAUGAGAGAAAUAAGAAAGGUGGGCGCUGGCUUAUUACCCUCAACAAACAACAAAGGAAACACGAUUUGGACCGUUUUUGGCUGGAAACGAUGCUUUGCCUCAUAGGAGAAGCUUUUGAUGACUACAGUGAUGAUGUGUGCGGUGCUGUAGUCAACAUCCGAACAAAAGGAGAUAAAAUAGCUGUUUGGACAACUGAUUAUGAGAACAGAGAAGCAAUAACACACAUAGGGAGGGUGUAUAAGGAGCGGUUAGGUAUCCCUAUGAAGAUGACCAUUGGCUAUCAGUCUCAUGCUGACACUGCCACUAAGAGUGGCUCAACUACCAAGAACAAGUUUGUGGUCUGAAAUUCUGAGCCUGAUCUCUCUCUCUCUCCCUCUCCCUCUAUUUUUAUCCAUCUCUCUCUUUCUCUUUCUCUCUCUUUACAUCUCCUUCUCCUCCUUUUGCCCCCCACCCCUUUCUCAUGCACUUUGCCUUUCCGCCCGAACCAAAGCUUUAGAUUAACAGGUUCAAAAUCUCAAAAUACCACAAACCCUCAGCCAAUACCAAUGCUACUUCUAAACCCCCACAACAACCUCGAACCCCAUACACUUUUAAGCAAAACACCAAGUUCUAUCCACCUUUGCACCGUAUGACUAGCUCAGAAUGUAAGACACUACAAGUGUUAACUCAAACAAAUCAAAUCCAGCUCAACAAGGCAUUUUGACUCAAAUAUUGAAACAUAGACAGUCUCAUCAAAAAUGACUCGAACAUCCUUGCAUAUUCAUUGUUAAACAGGACUUACAAGAUUGUAAAAUAUUUGAUGUUUUCCUUUUAAAGUAAGCGUGUUGAAUUAUUUAAUGGAUGACGAAAGGAAAUGUCUGUGUGCCCUUAUCCAGCAGGCUUGCUGCAAUAGUGCCUAAUGAACACAUUUCUAAUUUAUUCAGAUUUUAUCAUAACAUUUCAUGAAGGUGGUAUAAAGUCCCCAUGUAAUCAAGCAAAUCUUCAAAAGGCUGCCUUCUUUCUUUCAGCAUUAAUAUUAUUAAAUUUGGGGUUUUGCAAUUCAGUAUGUGUUUUUAUUUUAUAUAUAUUGAAUUUUAGGUUUCUUGUUAGAAUGGUACUAGGUAUAGGACUAUAAUUACAUUGUAAUAAAUGAUUUGUUACUGUCUGAAUGUAACUGGUUUUAACAUAAUACAGCAUAGGCCAGACAUUAUCACUAGGCCUUUUAAAUAAAGUAGAUUUAUGUGAAAUCAAUUUAUUUCUCUAAAAAUGGCAACAGGGUUUUGAACAUUUAAUCUUGACUUUUAAACACAAAGGUGAUCUGGUUGAUGACAAUAGGUGUACAAAAUUUCCUCAAUCUGACAGAUCAUUCUGAGUAGAGCCAGCUUAACUGUGUACAUGAUCGGUGAUCUGAUAAAAUGGACAUUAAUAUGCUCAAAGCAUUUAAUUGGAAUGUAUGACGGGCAUUUAAGUUAAACCGGAACUAAUUAUGAAAUUUCUCGUGAAUGAAAGUGUAAAACCGAAAUUUACACUUCAAGCAAGGAAUAAAGUUAUUGUUUUUGUUUAGUUGUU